UUCUCCAUUCCAUUUCAGCCCGGCAACCUAUAUAUACAAGAAAACCGAUUUCGCGCGAAAGUUGCAGUAAGAAUAGAAUGUUGGAAGAGACUUCGACUAGUUCGAGCGCGGCUGCCGGAGCUUCGCCUGAUGAUUUGUACCGGUCGCCCCCUGCCGUGGGGUCAACCGGGGAUUCUUCCACCUCAGCGACUGCUCAGGCGUUGCAUUUCUCUUCUGGAAACCCUAGAAUUGAGGAGAUCAGAGGCGUCAUGCAUCUCUACCGCGACGAUGUGGCUUCGUCCUCCGCCCAAUUUCCAGUUGAAAGAAAGCCUCUUAUUUCUGUACUUGGGGUGCCCAAUCAUAUGACGUAUGCAGAUUUUUGUAAGUUCUGCGGUUCAUUCAUUCAGCACAUGUUGGAAAUGCGAAUUGUCAGGACUGAGGGGAUGGAGGAUCGCUACAGUAUUUUGAUCAGGUUUGACAAUCAAACUUCCGCAGAUUCUUUCUACAAGCAUUUCAAUGGGAAGCGUUUUUCAUCUCUUGAGGAGGAGUCCUGCCGCAUGUUUUUCACCGUGGACAUACAGUAUACUGGAUCUAUUGAGCACUCACAGCAUUCCCCUGCAAGCUCCAUAGAGCAACCCUCUUGUCCUGUUUGUCUUGAGAGACUAGACCAAGAUACAGGUGGAAUUCUUACUACAAUCUGCAAUCACUCCUUUCACUGCUCUUGUAUUUCUAGAUGGACAGAUUCUUCUUGCCCGGUAUGUCGAUAUUGCCAGCAACAGCCUGAGAAAUCAAUAUGUUAUGCUUGCCAGACUUCAGAAAAUCUUUGGAUGUGUGUCAUAUGUGGCUUUGUAGGCUGUGGGAGGUACAGGGAAGGACAUGCCAUUAGUCAUUGGAAAGAAACACAACACUGCUAUUCCCUUGAACUGGAAACGCAGCGAGUGUGGGACUAUGUUGGUGACAACUAUGUUCAUCGGUUGAUCCAAUCAAAAACUGAUGGAAAACUGGUUGAGUUAAACCACCAUUGCAUGCCUAACAAUGAUGGAUACAGUGACACUCUUUUGGAAAGUGAAGUUGAAUAUAUAGUGAAUGAGUACAAUGAGCUUCUUACUUCACAACUUGAGAACCAAAAAAAUUACUUUGAGUCUUUACUGCAAGAAGUCGAAGAUGACACUGAAAGAGAAUCUUCUGUUGCUGUUGAGAAAGCUCUGAGUCAAAACCCGAAAUUGUUGAAAUUGCAGGCUAAGCUAGACAAAUUCAUUGAAGAAAAGAGAUUUCUUGAUGAUAUCAAUGAAAAUCUGUUGAGGAACCAAGGCAUAUGGGAAUCUAAGAUAGCAGAAAUUGAAGAAAGGGAGAAAAAGCUUUUGAAACUGAAGGACGAAAAGAUUGAAGAAUUGGAGGAGCAGCUAAGAGUUAUGAUGGCAUCCCUUGAAACUGGGAGUGCUGAGCAACCCUCUAACAAGCUGAAGGACAGUACCAUUUUGCCCUUAGUUGCAGAAUCAUCUUCUGAAAAUGGCAGCAGAGGGUCCACAAAAACGACCAACCGAAGAAAAAACAGAGGGUAAACUGAAUGUUACCCAUCAAUUUCCUUCGAUCUUGGCUGCACUAGCAGAAACCUUGGUCAUUGGAUAUACAGACUCUUGAAUUGUUCGACGCACAGAUAUUGAUGGAAAUUAUUAAGGAGAUAGUGUAGUAUUGCUUCUUGUUGCUCAGUGAUGAAUAUAGCUGGGAAAUACUAGCUUUGGAAAUGCCAUUUCUUACUCGGUA